AGAUUUGCGACGGGGCGGGAGCCGCCCGCUGCAAAUGGCGGGGCGGAGGCCCGGCCGCGCGGGUGAGCUGGGGUGCAGGCGGUGCCAUCAUGGAGCACAUCACCACGCCGAAGGUGGAAAAUGUGAAAUUACUGGAUCGCUAUACAAAUAGGAAGGCAGCAAGCGGGACUUUAUACCUGACAGCUACCCAUCUUAUCUAUGUAGAUGCUUCUGCUGAAGUCAGAAAAGAAACAUGGAUUCUGCAUCAUCAUAUUGCAACUGUAGAAAAACUGCCUCUGACCACAGCUGGAUGCCCACUCCUUAUUCACUGCAAGAACUUCCACGUGGCUCACUUUGUUAUUGGGCAGGAACGUGAUUGUCAUGAAGUGUAUACCUCCUUGCUCAAACUUUCACAACCAGUGAAACCUGAAGAACUUUAUGCUUUCUCCUACAAUCCUAAAAUGUCUAAAGAUAACCGGGAGAUUGGAUGGAAACUGAUUGAUUUGAAAGUAGAUUACCAGCGUAUGGGAAUCCCAAAUGACUACUGGGAAAUAACAGAUCUUAAUAAAGACUACGAGGUUUGCAACACGUAUCCUCCAGAAAUUGUGGUGCCUAGAGCUGCUAGUAAGGCAACAGUGAUUGGAAGCUCAAGGUUCAGAAGCAGGGGGCGGAUUCCAGUGCUUUCUUACUUAUAUAAAGAAAACAAUGCUGCCAUAUGUCGUUGUAGCCAACCCCUCUCUGGGUUCAGUGCUCGUUGUCUGGAGGAUGAACAAAUGUUGCAGGCAAUCAGAGAAGCCAACCCUGGGAGUCCCUUUAUGUACGUUGUGGACACAAGGCCAAAGUUAAAUGCCAUGGCCAACCGAGCUGCUGGGAAGGGUUAUGAGAAUGAAGACAAUUAUGAUAACAUUCGCUUUAAAUUUAUUGGCAUUGAAAACAUCCAUGUGAUGCGGAACAGCUUGCAGAAGCUCCUGGAAGUGUGUGAAACAAAGUCUCCAUCGAUGAGUGAUUUCCUUACUGGGCUGGAGAACUCAGGUUGGUUACGGCACAUAAAGGCUGUAAUGGAUGCAAGCGUCUUUCUCGCAAAGGCUGUGAAAGAUGAAAAGGCCAGCGUGUUGGUGCACUGCUCUGAUGGGUGGGACCGCACAGCACAGGUCUGCUCCCUGGCUAGCCUCCUCCUGGAUCCAUUUUAUAGGACUUUUAAAGGCUUCAUGGUUCUUAUAGAAAAGGAGUGGAUUGCAAUGGGCCAUAAGUUUUCACACAGGUGUGGCCAUUUGGAUGGUGACCCGAAGGAAGUAUCCCCUGUCUUCACUCAGUUCAUUGAAUGUGUCUGGCAGCUCAUGCAGCAGUUCCCUUGUGCAUUUGAGUUUAAUGAACACUUUCUUCUGGAAAUCCAUGAUCAUGUCUAUUCCUGCCAGUUUGGAAACUUCCUUGGGACCUGCCAUAAGGAGCGUGAAGAUCUGAAAAUCUUUGAGAAGACCCAUUCUCUGUGGCCUUUCCUCCUACAGAAGAAGCAGGAAUUGAGAAAUCCUUUGUACAGAGGAUUUACAGCUUACAAAGAGCUUCAACCCAACACACUACCGUUCAGUUUUCAGUUUUGGUGUGGGAUGUACAAUCGCUUUGACAAAGGAAUGCAUCCAAAGCAGUGUGUUUUGGACCAUCUACUGAGCUGCAUGAACCAAAAGAUAAAACUAGAGGACAAUGCAUCUGAAUUGGAGAAUAAACUUCCUUUCCUCGAUGGUCCGUUACCCAGGGAAGCUUGCUUCUUAUCUAAAGUAGGAUGUGCUGCUUCAAAAGCGUCGAUGCUGAACACUCCCCAGGAUUAUGAAGGGGAACCACCUCCUGUGCUGACCAACGGUAUCUCAGUUGGAGACACAAAUGUGACGUCAGACGUGGACCAGAAAAACAAGGAGAACCUGGCUAAUCGCCGAGACCUCUGUCUUAAUGACAGUGUUGAUGUUUUAAGCUCUGAAGCUAAGGAUGGCAAGCCUCAGCACCACUGAUCAGCUUUGAGAAUUGUGCUCAGUGGAGCAGGUGCUUGUGAGACAUGGAGGAUCUGUGACCCUGCCUGGAUGCAGAGCACCUGGCCAGCCUGCUAAGUGUUACUGUGUUUGUUUGCAGGGUGCUGUGCUCUCGCUGUAACGAGUGCAGUCCGUGUUUGGUUUGCAUCAUUUUGGGGCUAAAAUGAUGAAGAUGCAUACAGAGCUGCUGAGAAGGCUAUCCUGAGUUACAGUAUGAACCUUAUUUUUAAGUGGAGGUAUGAUGUUUGUUUUAAGGCUUAGAAUUGUCUGGCAGUACUGCUAUUUUUAAGCCAUCAUGGCCAAUUAACGUGGGGUUUAGGAGUUGAUGCAGUAUUCAUGAUGGGAAUAGGAGAUACAAUGCAUUUAUUCUCAGUGGUGGUGCAGGGUUAUAAAUAUAUAUUCAGUUCAUCUAAAAGUGGAAAAAAAAAAAAACAA